AUGAGGUGCGAAGGCCUAGUGCCAGAUGUGAUCACCUACAACACUGUGAUGGACGUGUGUCAGAAGUCCGGGCACUGGAAGCUGGCGCUGCAGAUUUUUCGACAGCUACUGUUGAGUGGAAGCCACACAGCUGAUGUGAUCGAUGUGAUCGAUGUGAUCACUAUGAACACUGCCAUGGGGGCUUACUUGAAGGGUGGUAACUGGCAGCAGGCCUUGCUCCUUUUAUCCCAGAUGCCUCAAAAGCAGCUGAUGCCUUCCACCAUCAGUUGCAACAUUGGGAUCAAAGCCUGCGAGACCGGUGGUCGUUGGGAUCUGGCCAUCCAUUUGCUGAGUGCCGUGGCUGUGGCCGUGGCGAAGGGGGAGUUGAGUUGGUGUUUUUGCAAAUCAACAGCUAUCUCGGGGUGA